CGUAAGAGGUGUCCUGUAUCCAUUCGAGCGGGACUUUGGUUACAGAACGCCGCGACUAAAACUUUUGUAACUUCUUCAGAUAACUGCUCUUUGUUUAUGAGACAUGGCCUUUCAGAUCGAAGCGGAUUUACCACCUGGCCUUGCAUGCCUGAAAAGUGUUGAUGCCCUGCUGCGGUGUCCAAUUUGCUUUGACUACCUCAACAUUUCAAUGAUAACAAAAUGCUCUCACAACUUUUGCUCAUUGUGCAUCAGAAAAUUUCUUUCCUACAAGUUACAGUGUCCAGUUUGCAAUACACAAGUAACAGAACAAGAUCUAAGAAACAACCGUAUAUUGGAUGACUUGGCCACAAACUUUCAAGCUGCAAGGCAACAGUUGUCAAAAGCAAAUUUUGACUCUCCUCCAAUAUCACCAAAGACCCCAGCUUCAGCUGUCAAAUGUAAAACUCCCAGAGAGAGGGGCCAGAAGUGUAACAGCUCCGUUCUGAGUCAUUUUUUCCAAAAGAGGCCCAAAACAUCUCCUGCUAAAGAAACCCAGAGAGAUGGUUCUGUCUCUCGGUGUGUUGAGCGGGGGAAAAUACAGACUGCAUGCACCCACAGUGCAAAUGACGCUGACCUAAAUUCAACAACUGCUCAAUUUCCAGUGGUUGUGAAGGAAGAGCUGAUGGAUGUGGAGGAGGAGUCUGCCCAGGUUUUGAUGUCAGUCAAACAGGAGGACAUGCCCUCACACAGUAUCAGCACCAGGGUGGAGACGGCACAUUCCUCAGCCUCGCCAUUAAAAGACAUAAAGCCCGUAAUCAAAGUGGAGUGCCCUGUGUGUUCUGUCAGUGUGUCACAGCAGUUUAUCAACAAACAUCUGGAUACGUGUCUUACCAGUGGAGAGAAGAAAGAGAGCUUGAGAAGCUCCCUUGGCAAGGCGAGGCGCCCAAUGGCCAAACUGGUGUACAACUUACUUUCCAUGCAGGAGCUGAAGAGGAGGCUGAAGGAAUGCCACCUCUCAAUGCAGGGCUCUCGAGACCAGCUGAUCAAAAGACACCAGGAGUUUGUCCACAUAUACAAUGCCCAGUGUGAUUCCCUAAACCCAAAAUCAGCUGAAGAUAUUGCCAAAGAGGUGGAGGCCAAUGAGAAGAUCAGGAACCAACUGGGAAAAGCCAAACCUGUCAUGGUAUUCACAAAGAAUCAAACUGAGAAGGAAAUUGAGGAGAUGCAUUCAAAUUAUAGGAAACAGCACAGCAGUGACUUUUCCCGCCUGAUUGCCCAGGUACGCGGUCGCCUAGAGACAACCAGGCAGACUCGUAUCAAACAGGAAGUCAUUGUGGAUGGAGAGGAUCUAGAAAAGACGGACUCUGCAGAUCAAGUUGCAGAAUCAAAGAGCUGCUUAGUGAUCAAGGUAGAGGAUGGAGACGGUGACGAAGAGCCAUCAGUGAGAGGGAUUGAUUUGUCACCCAGCCCCACUCACAGUGACGUGUCCAUCAGCAGUUCUAUUUCUGACAUCUUUGGUCCAGAGCCUGCCAGGAACUUUGAAGAGACAGCAAGGACCCCAGUCCAAAAGCGAACAUCCAGCUCCAGAGGAGACGAUGCAGCUCCAUCGCCUGUUCUGGGAAAACGACGACGUAAAAUACAAAAGCGGGGACACACUGACAGACGUUGCUGGAUUUGUAUCAAUAUGGCAUGCUUGUUAUACAACACAUUUCUGAUCCUACUGCAUCCUUACUUCUUUCCUCUCCAAUGAUGUUUGUCUUUGGCUUAAUUAGCAGGGGUGUCACUGUUGCUUGAAACCGCAGGAGAGGACUGAGUGGCUCCUGAUCCCUGCUUUGUUUUGGGAACCAGUGAAGCAGACAGUUAUAUCAUUGAUUCUAUGUAUACACCGUCUCCAGGGGAGAUCCACAGAGUCUUCGCCUUUCAGUAUGUAUCACAGUCACCUUAUUUGUCUGUGUCUGGGUUGUAAUGUUGAAGAGAGUAUUUGUCAUCUGUCCAACACAAGGUGAAACAGAUUUUAAACGUCAUAAAUCUCUGCUAAAUGCAUAACGUCCCCAUCCCAUGUCCAGAUCUCCAUUCACUCAUAUUUCAAAUGCCCUGUACAACCGUGACAGCCUUUUUGUAAUAUCCAAACCCCUCCAAACCUACCUAAGAAAGGAUAACCAAUCUGAAUGUCAUGCUGAGAAAUCAGUCCGAUUCCUCCAAGAAGUCAGAGUAGCAGACCCACAGAGGCGAAUUAACCCUCAGCACUGAGUGCUCAACAUGAACUACUCUGCCUCUCAUUGCAGCUCUCAUUAAGGUCACCCUAGAGGACAAAAUGGCAGGAGUGUUAACUCCCCCCCCCAAAAAAACUGUUAAAGCCAGUGGGGUAACUAAUUUCACUUAAACCAGGAAUCAGCCAGAGGCAAGUUUGAAGGGUUGCCCAUGGUAAAAGGGAAAUGCCCAUAUUAGUCCAUGUUCGUAUCAGAUUUCCCUCUGGGGGAGCAUAUUUCCAUUUGCUCAUGGACUUUUACAAAUUAGUUUCAGGGCUAUAUGCAACACCAUAACCUGAUGAGACAAUAAUUAUUGUAGACUACCUCAUUUUCUGGAGGUUUUUGAAGUCUGCGCUUGUAAAAACAAAGAAUUACAAACUUAUUGUGAUGCCGACUGGUAAUUUUUAGUGGCAUAAAACCAUAAGACAGCACAAAUGAAAUACAGUACAACUAUGUAAAACUGGAAGAAAACCAUGAGAGUAUAUGACACCCCCACCCCAAAAAAGGUUUCAAAAAAACUAUUCAUAGUUGGUAAGUUCAUAAUGAUAAAUAAGAGAAGAUACAGAUAAGUUGCUCAUCCAUUUUAUAAUUUGUCUGUUGUUAUAAAGUAAAAUGAAAAUGAAGUUUUUUAACUAUUUUGUUUUAUAUUUUCUCAAAGAGCUAACAGCUAUCUGUUUUAUUUCUCUUUCUCAGAACCAUUUAUUUUGGCUCAGUGUUUGAAAUUUAACCUGUGAAAUAACAUGUGUCAGGUGGAGACAAAACAAUCUGUGAAAUCCAUGGUGAUUUAAAAAUUGAUUCAGCCCAGAUGCACGUUUGAUACCUUGUCAGACUCCGCCAUGUGUAUGUGUUCUGCAAACUGUCAAAUGUUCUGUAGUUAAUUUUCAUUUUAUCAUGCAGUGCUGCUCUGCCACUCUGGUUUUCUAACUACAUCAAGACUAAAGUAACUGUAUAGUCGGAAAGGAUUUCUUCCGGUUGUACUAAUAUGAAAACGUAAACAACAAUCGUUUUGGCAGCAUUAUUGUGCAUGUUUGAUUUGUCAAAAAUGGAUAAAGAGAAAUUUGAACAUAGGGCUGGAAUUUGUUUAAAUAGGACCAAUCAUUGUAGCAGCUGAGAGAAGCCCGUUAUUAGUCAAGUUUAUAGCCCUUAAUUAUAGUCUCAAUGGGCCUCACAAUUCCCACAUUAUUAGAUAAUAAUUGAAAACCACUUUACCCAAACAUGGACCCUCAGUGGUGAUAAAGAAAAACUUCCAUGAAAACGCUGUAAGGGAAAAUAAAAUGGUAGAAGGUUCCUGGUUUAGAAUAUAAUGCUCAUGGCAGAUCAAAGGAAAAGUUCAAGGAUUUGUAACAAAAUGGAACAUAAGCAAAAUACACACAAACACGAUUGUUGAGUUUAAAAAUUCAUUGAUGAGCUUGACUAUAACAUACUCAACAUGACAUCAACUUACUUUGUGGUUCGAAGCAUUCUACCAGAUCUCUUAGCUGUUUUCAGCAGAUGGAGUUCUUCAGUUGACUAAACUGUAAACUAAACCAUCUCCUUGACAUCUCACUUGUUCACUACUUCAGUUUAUAAUAUAAACUAAGCUGUUUUAAUAAAAUGUUCACAGCACCUUUUGUAAUAAGUCUUGGGUUGAUUGUAGUAUGUAGAGCUAAUUACUUGGAGAUGUGCUGUUUUUAGUGCCACAUUGUGCUUCACAAAGGCCAUCCUAACAAGUUAAAUCACUCAACACAGGGACAUGGGGUUGUCCCAUUAACAAUGACCAUAGCCUUCAUCUGGUUAAAAUGUAUCUUAGUGUUUUAAUUCAUGCCUUUCUUUUCUGUAGUGUACUCUCUUAUAAAGUUUUGGCCACUGGUGUAGCUACAUCUGAAGACCUUAGUGAUGGUUCUAGUAAUUGAAACGUUACCAAAACCAAUAGGAAUGAUGACCUAAACUACAAAAAACAAGACCUACAGUGUAAAAUUAAAGGAAUUUUCCAUUUAGAGAUUUAUUUUCAUGUUGCUGAUUACAUCAGCAGCGCAGUAUUACUUCUAAAACUUGUGACACAUCCAAGGCUUUACUUGGUAUAAAGAUCUAAUCUGAUCAAGAUGAGCAGUGUGUGACUGUGGGUCUAUUUUCCUUCAAACUUCUUGAACUCAGGUUACAUAAUCAUUAUUGUAGUUUAGUAUGGAAUUUGCAUGGUCCAGAUAAAGCAGUUGUUCCCAGCAACAGAGCAGUGAUUAUUUUCUUGCUUGAAAUCAAAAAGGAAAUGAUAAAGACUUCUGCCAAAUGAAUGCAAUUAACUUAACAGCAAGUUCAUAUAAUAUACUCAAAGACAUAAUAGGAGACAAGGAUAGAGACGAGUUUACACAAAUGAGCCAAACUCCAUAAUUAACUAAAUUCCCUCAGACAGUAUGUGUCCAUAAUAAACACCUACAGUCUUGUUAUUUUAGAGAGAGAACUUAUCUGUUUACAUUCCUAUUUCUUCCUGUGUUUUCUUGGACAUCUUAUUAUUUUGGAAGGACCCACAGUACCUUUGGUAUGCUGACUUUGGCCAUUAGUGCGCUAUCUGACAGCUCUCAGCACCCCCUAUGAGCUCUCAGAUAGAUUGAAGAUUGAUAUUACCACUAAAAUUGCAUUAGUAUAUGGGCCACUUUUAAGUAUAUACCUGCUUUAGUUUUUGCCAUGUGUAACUUAAAUAAAUGUCCUUGAGCAGUUGCAAAGGAUGCAAAAUAAUGAAAGACCUUAGAAGAGUGAGAGAGUGCUUUGCCUUUUGUUAUCUUUUAAAGUGUGAGCAGUUUGAUAGAUGGAUGCAAAUCCUGUUCAGUCCUCAUUUACUUGUCUGGAACAACAAUGGUAGGCUCAAGUUGAGGAUUUAACACAUAGCUGUUGGAGAGAUAAAACAUUUAUUGAAUUGGACUGACAGACUAAAUUACAGUAAUUUACAGUAUCAAAUUGCUUCUUUGGGACUUAGACUGACAGGAACCUAUUCUUCAGUGUAUUAAACUGUAGAUGUAGCUCAGAGUUUUUUUUUUUUUUUUUUUUUGGACAACUCUACACAAAAGCAGCAAAUGAUAAAUGUCAGAAGUUGUUGCUUUUUGAAAAGGUACUUAUAAAAGCCCUGAGAUUGUAUUUACCUGGGCAGUAUACAUUUAGUUUUUCUAUUUAAUGGUGUACUUUUAGUCAAGAAUUUAUAUUUCAUAAUGGAUUCUUUAAGUGAUAAGUUAAGAAUUUACUGGUAUCUGUGCAUCAAAGUUUAAUAAAUUACUCUGAGUUUGAUUUGAUUCCUUGUAGAAGUCUAAGGAAUGUUCUGCUGCUCUAUUCAAAAUCAAACACUUCUUUUGGAUGAGAGUGAAACAACAAGCCUUAAUUAUCUUGAUAUAGGAAUCCAGCUGAAGAAUCUGGAUUUUUAAAAAUCCUUUCAUCAGUUGAAUUUUAUCUUUGCUGUUUGACAUUAAGUGUUUACAGCAUUACACAACUUGAAUCUCCACAUUUCAUUACCAUAUCAGAUUGGAGCAUGUCAUUUUAGUAGUAAUCGUUCCCUUGGUUAAGAGGAGAUUGCCAUCAGUGGUGCAACUGCAACACAGGCAUGUUCAAAUGAUUUAAUGCGAGCCGACAGAUGCUGGAUUCAAGCAAGAUGUUGAAGAAAUACACAAUAUGAAUGAACAGUAUAUCCAUGACAUGCAGGUUCAAGAUGAGGG